CGAGCUGGUCUCAGCGGGAGCACGGGACCCCCGGUUCGGGGCAGAGCGGAGGAGGUGCAGCAGCGAGCCCACCUUCCAGGAAAGCAGAAGUGGCCCGGCUCUUCCAGGAAGGCUGUCCUGCCCCGCACCCUCCCCGCGCCGCAGCCAUAAAAGCCGCGCGUGCCCGGCCCGGGGAGCUCCCGCCGGCGCAGCCCUCGCCCCGGCAGACGGACGGACCCCGUGGGGAACCGGGCCACCCCGGGACGUGGGUCGCUCACCCGGAGACGUGUCGCCCGCCGGCCAGUCCCGCUGCCGGGAGCCGUCUGGGACUCGUGACCUGCCUGUGACCUGUCCCCAGGGCGGCCACCGCCGCUCGGUCCCCAAACGUCGUCCCGACCUUCCCGCCUGCCUGCCCCGUGCCACCUUGGCGAGUGCCUUCCCCUGCCUGCAUCUCCUUCACCCUGCAGAAGAGAUGAGUGCGGGGCCCCAGCUCCCCCCGUGCCUGCUCGGCGUCCUGCUCCUCCUGGCCGUCCUGGGAGGUGCCACCGCCAGCACUGCCGACCCCGCGCGAUGGAGGCCGCGGGCAGCCAGCUGCCCCCAGAAAUGGCUCUACUACCGGGGGUACUGCUACGGGUACUUCAUCGAGAGGAGGACCUGGGCCGAGGCUGAGGCCGAGUGCACGCGGUACGGCCCCAGGGGGCGGCUGGCCUCCAUCCACAGCCUGGGGGCCAGCAGGGUCCUCGCCCACUACAUCUCCGGGCAGAGGGACGGCACCAACACCUGGAUCGGGCUGCAGGACGAGGAGCACAGCCGGCGGUGGAAGUGGUCGGAUAACUCCAUCUUCGACUACAAGCGCUGGGCCCCGGGGCAGCCCAACAACCUGUGGGACAAGGAGGACUGCGUGGUGCUCGACAAGUCCUCGGGUUUCGAGUUCUGGCACGACUACCCCUGUAACAGCCAGUUCCCCUUCCUGUGCCAGCACCAGCUCUGAGGGGUGUCUGGACCCCCUGGCUCUGGGGUCUCGGGGUGCCCCUGCACCCCCCCCUCCCUGCCACCCCCCGUGCCCCUCCCUGCCUGCCGCCUCCCUGGGGCCCCGCCGGCUCCCCCGCACACCCGGCGGGCAAUAAACCUUGGCUUGUGCA